GAACACAUCGAUGUCUGACCUCCCGACUCAGCCAGCAGCACACGAUAAAACCUUCAUAUUGUAACUUGAAUGAGCAGCGCCGCUAAACGGAAUGGUUUCCCUUUCCCAAUGAGACCAAUAUGUGUAGCCUGUGUGUGUUUAGUUUGAGUGCAGCGAGCUCACAAAGUGCGCAGAGGGUUUUAUCUCGGUAGCUAACGUGAACGCUAGCUGUGCGUAGCGGCUGUCUCUAAAUCUGGCUCCUUCAGUCGUGGAACAGACGCCUCUCUGUUGGCUAAGCACCAUGUAUUUGUUACGUUUAGUGUGCCGCCACAAGACAGCCUUGGUCAUUGGCACUGUGUGCAGCUUUGCUGUAGUUCUUGUCUUCUUGGCCAAGUGUACCUCAGAAACUUUGAAACAGGGCCAUGCAGAUCCUCCAGGCCUAGCCCCCCAUGCCAUUGCAUUGCAACCCCGUCCAGAGCAGCAUAAUCCCUCCUCCACAUCCAAAGACUUGUCAGCAUUUCUUGUGGUCCUAAUCACAACCGGUCCUAAGUACACUGAACGCAGGAGCAUCAUCCGCAGCACCUGGCUGGCCAAGCGGGACUCGGAUGUUCUGGCCAUGUUUGUGGUAGGAACUCAGGGGCUUUCCAGCGAGGACCUUCAGAACCUUAACACAGAGCAAGGGCGGCACAAAGACCUGCUCUUAAUGCCUGACUUGCGAGAUUCCUACGAGAACUUAACACUCAAGCUGCUUCACAUGUACUCCUGGCUGGACCAGAAUGUGGAGUUCAAGUUUGUCCUCAAAGCAGAUGAUGACACAUUUGCUCGCUUGGACCUCCUUAAAGAAGAACUGAAAGGGAAAGAGCCCAGCCGGUUGUACUGGGGCUUCUUCUCAGGGAGAGGGCGAGUGAAAACAGCUGGGAAGUGGCGGGAAAGCUCUUGGGAGCUCUGUGACUACUACCUGCCCUAUGCGCUGGGUGGUGGCUACAUCCUCUCGGCUGAUCUCGUGCGUUACGUUCAUCUUAACGCAGGCUACUUCAAAACGUGGCAGAGUGAGGAUGUGUCCCUGGGCGCAUGGCUGGCACCAGUGGAUGUUCGACGGACUCAUGACCCACGCUUUGACACAGAGUACAAAUCACGUGGUUGCAACAACAAGUACUUGGUGACACACAAGCAGAGCUUAGAGGACAUGUUGGAAAAGCACCAGACUCUGCACAGUGAUGGCAGGCUGUGCAAGGAAGAAGUCAAGCUGCGAUUGUCCUAUGUGUAUGACUGGGGUGUGCCACCCUCACAGUGCUGUCAAAGAAAGGAUGGCAUUCCUUAAUGUUUCUCCUUUUCACAAAGCUGAAGUUGGCUUCCACUUUGGAAAAGUUAACUGAUAAUGUUCCUCUGCCAGUUCUCUGUUGUUAGACCAUAUUAAGUUGUGAAA